AUGGCUCUUUAUCAGAUUUCUGGACUUUUUACACUUCGACUCUCAUCCUUCAUUAAUGCUGCCGUGUCUCUAACUCUUCUCUUCUGCAGAGGGUCAGCAUCUACACCCGUCAUAAAGGUGAUGUCAAAUGUCAGCAGCAGGGUGGUGUUACAGUGUGAGUCUGCAGGCUGGUAUCCAGAGCCUGAGCUGCUGUGGUUGGACGGUGAGGGAAACCUCCUCUCUGCUGGACCUACAGAGACCCUCAGAGGUCCUGAUGACCUCUAUACUGUCAGCAGCAGAGUGACUGUGGAGAAGAGACACAGCAACAACAUCACCUGCAGAGUCCAACAGAGGAACACCAACCAGAGCAGAGAGACACACAUACAUGUUCCAGGCUCUGCUGUCAGGAAGGAACCAUCGGCCACUUUCAUCAUCGUGAUCGUUGGCCUGCUGUGGAUUUGUACCGUUGUCACUGUCGUGUGGAAUUUCAUACCAUCAAAAACACCUGACCCCAAAGAGACUGAAACUGAGAAGAAAACAACAAAACAAAAAUGCACCAGAGCUCCUGCUGACAACACUGAGAUCAUAGCAAUAAAAGCAGUGCCGCCAUCAGAACAGCUGGAAGACGACACAUCUGCUGCUGAGGAGAUCAAAGAAGACGAGAAGGAAAAGAAACAGAAGAAACAGAAGUACAGAAUAAGUGGUUCAAAGAAAAAAGCUCAAAUUUGA